AUGAAAUUUGAUUAUUGGAUGAGAGGGGAAGGGUAUGCCCAUCUUCUCCACUACACAGGGUAUCGAGGCCCACAUUUUUACCCAAAGAUGCUGCUACUAUCGUUGCUCUGCCUUAUUAUUUAUGUCACUAGAAUCUCUGGCUCUCCGCCAGAAUUUCGCUUGAUGAAUGAUCUCCUUGCUGGAUAUGUACGAGAAGAAAGACCAGUGCUGGACAGCAGUAAACCUGUCGUCGUUACCCUUGGCCUGGCUAUGCAACAAAUUAUAAAUUUGAACGAAAAAGAAGAGCAGUUGGAGGUCAGCGCUUGGUUGAAAUAUCAGUGGACAGAUGAGAACUUGCGCUGGGAACCUCCUGCUUAUGGCAAUGUGACGGAUAUAAGGCAUCCAGCUGGGACUAUAUGGCAACCAGAUAUUCUGCUGUACAACAGUGUGGAUCCAGCCUUCGACACGGCAUACAAAGUCAAUUUAUUAAAUUAUCAUUCUGGUGUGAUCAGCUGGAUGCCACCUGGAAUUUUCAAAAUUUCAUGCAAAUUAGAUAUCUAUUGGUUCCCAUUUGAUGAGCAAGUUUGCUUUUUCAAGUUUGGUUCGUGGUCAUCCAGUAAAGACAAAAUCGAGCUACAAGUCGGGGAUUUGGAUUACUCGGAGUAUCUGGAAAACGGAGAAUGGAUUAUUUUGCAUACGGACGCUAAUGUCACAUCCAAACAAUAUGAGUGCUGUCCAGAAGUGUACGAAGAUAUAAAAUUCACUCUUCAUCUUCGACGUCGCACGCUGUACUAUGCUUUUAACUUGAUUAUGCCAUGCAUGCUCACAAUGAUUCUCGUUGUGCUAGGCUUUACACUCUGUCCAGAAACUUGCGAAAAAGUCGGUCUGCAAAUUUCCGUCUCUUUAGCUAUUUGCAUUUUUCUCACACUUAUGAACGAGAUGACACCUCGGACUUCUGAAGCUGUACCUCUGCUGGGUGUCUUCUUUCAAAGCUGUUUCCUCAUCUCAACCUUGGCAACAGCUUUUACGGUGUUUGUGCAGAGUUAUCAUUUCAAAAGUCAACAAAACACGGAACGAAUGGGCUUUUGGAUGCGAUUUCUGCUUCUCGAAUGGGCCCCUUGGCUUUUACGAAUGCAGUUCCCCGCUAGAGAAAAUACCAUGACCACUAUCAAGGAAACCUGGGCAAAGAGGAAAAGACGAGGAUCGAAAUCGUUUGACGAUGAAGAUGACGAGGAUUCCACUGGUGGUCUGGCUUUGACGGAAAAUUUCGAGAAUUUUCUGUAUCAGGUUGAGAGUAAUGCAAAAGCAGCUGAUGAUAAAAGGUUGGUCGAACGACUUCGUGUUCUGCAGAAGAUUCAUGAUCAUGUAAAAAUGAUCCGCGAGCACUCUGAUGACAGCGAAGAGGAUGGUAAAGCUGCACUAGAAUGGCGAUUUGCGGCGAUUGUUGUCGAUCGUCUAGGAUUAAUUUCAUUUUCCGUGAUCAUGGUUGUCACGACAUUAGUGAUCAGUUUGAGAGCCCCAUAUCUGAUGGCAUGAUACAAGCAUUCUGCCUGAUCGCGUGUUUUCACAUCGAUAUGUUUGAAAUUUGUAAAAUCUUCUAUUGUUCAGUUUUUGACAGGGCCCACCUGUUCAGCUCUGGUCAAGCGUUUGGCCUGCAAUGAUCGAUAAACCCGGAACAUAUUUUUAAAAAGACAGACUAAGGUGCUGAUAUAUUGCCUGUGUUAGGGUGAC